GAGGAGGUACUUGUCAAAUACAUAGAAAGAUGCACAAGAGACGUCUUGCCACCCAUUAGAAGCAUGCUGCAAAAUUUCGUCUCUGCGGUUACGAAGUGGGAGAUCUCUAAGAGCUGGAUUACUCGGUUUCUGCAUCGCCACGCCAACAAGCUUACCACUAAAUGGACCACCGGGAUGGAUCGUGAGCGCUUUUUAGCUGACAGCAAGCGCAAGUACGAGCUGUACUUCAAUCUAUUGCACUCCAAGAUGCGUGAGCACAGCGUUGAUGAGCGCAACACGUACAAUAUAGAUGAGAAAGGCUUCUUUGUUAGCAUCAACAGUCACACUAAAAGGAUAGUCUCUAAGGCAAUUUAG